AUGAAAUUUCCUGCAGUGAUCAUUUGUUUACUUGCUCUUGCAUGUGUGCGAAACACUAUGGCAUAUGCCUAUAGCAGGCAGAUCAGACAGGCACCGACGACACUAACAACGGUACCGGCGGCACCGAUGGCACCGGUGGUACCGAUCACAAAUUAUAACAAUACUCAAUCUCCUUAUUCCUAUCCUACCUAUCCGGUCUAUCCGAGCAACGUAAAUCAGAUCGGGCAACCUGCCGCCCCGGUAAUGAAUGUGCCUGAGACUACCAUAUCGCCGCCUACCAACAGUACCAGCGUAUUGGAUACUUCCGCCAAUCAAUCUUUCCUUCAGCAGAUGAAGACCUAUAGCAUCUAUAUAUUGCAAAUAUUGAUGACAGUUUUUCUCGGCGGGACCUUAAUAAACUACAUUUGUUUGCAAUGGUCUUUCUGCGACAAUGUCUUUGGAGAAAACAACUUUUGGAAAACUAACAAGGCAACGAGUCGUUCGUACGCGACAUCGAAUUAUGUGGAUGAUAUCAGCUUGGCAGUCUUCAAAGCGAUAGAUUACUAUACUAAGCAACAAAAUUAG